GCCAAGUCUCACUAUAAAAAGCACACACCACCCGAUGCACAAUGCAAGCACAAGCACAAACACCAGAACCCCAAUUAGAAGUUGCAUCUGACCAGGUAGCCAAACCCAAGCACCGGCGGCCAUGGAGCUCGUCUCAUGCAUUGCCAUGUGCCUCUGGUUCGCCUUUCUCCUCCCUUCCCACGUCACAGCGACGGCGCCAACCGGCAUGGUAGAGCGGGAGACCAAGCAGCAGAUUCUGGCGAGCAUCCCGCCGCACUGGGAGGAGAACCCCGUGUUGUUCCUGACAUCGCCGUCCGGCAAGUACGCGGCCUACUUCAUGCGCAGCCAGACCGCGCCGGGCGCGGGCGGCCUCGGGGCCGACUUCUGCUACGUUGAGGUCCUCGACACCACGGCGCCGGGCGCGGAGGGCCGGAGCGUGUGGGAGUCGGAGUGCUUGGCGUUGAGCACCGUGAACACGUGCGCUCUCGUGUUCUCGUGGAAAGGGCUGGAGGUGUUCGACGGGAGCAACUCAGUGUGGCACACACACGACACGGAGUCGGACGACAACAACUUCCUCAAGACCCUGCAGCUGGUUGACGAGGGUGACAUGCGCAUCCUCGACAAGGGCGGCGAGCUCGCGUGGAAGGCUAGCGACGAGCCGCGCGCGGCGCAACACUGCGGGAUGCCCGGCUCGCCCGGCCUGGUCUCGGCAAUGCCGCCCUUCGCGGAGCCGGCUGGGCAUGGAAGCAGCAACCUGCCAUUUGGACAGGAACCAGAAGGCAACGGCGAUGCCGGUGUAGCACAGCCCAUGCUGCCGCUGCCGGAAGCGGCAGGGUCCGGUGGUGUCGUUGGGCAGGGACAGGCCCUGGAGGACGUGGGGCAGACGAUUGGGUUUGGCAGCCAACCAUUGGUGGACAACAGCCCAUACGACAGUGGUGCACCGAAGCAUGGAUGCAGCUUGCUAGGAAUCGGAGUUGCACUGGGUGUCAGCUCUGCCAUUGUCAUGGCCCUCGGCAUCUGAUUUGUGUACAUGCGCUCGUGCAGCGGCGUGAUUGCUUUGGUGAUUUCUCGAAUUUCUUCUUGUUAUUUCUGGCGCAAUAAGCCAGGGAUGUGCUGUGAACUCCUGACCAGCCGUGGCGCCUUUUCUGGGCGUGGGCCUGCUGGUAGGAUUGCACUGUACCUUGAGACCACGAAGUGUAAUUUUUCGAUUUUUCAAGUUUGCUUUGAAAAGCGAAGUGUGGUUUCUA